AGAGGUGGGAGUAGCUGUUCUUUUGCAGGAGCUGCCGAGAUGAGGGGAGCUGCCAGGGGUGUUUGGGCAGGCCUCGCACUCUGUGCCCUUGUUGGGCCUGUGUGGGGCGGGAGGCAAAUGGAUAAACUGGCGGACAAGAAGCUUUGCGCUGAUCCUGAAUGCAGCCACCCCAUUUCCAUCGCGGUGGCUCUGCAGGACUACAUUGCCCCUGACUGCCGCUUCAUCCACAUCCGGAGGGGACAGGUGGUCUACAUCUUCUCCAAACUGAAGGGCCGCGGAAGACUCUUCUGGGGAGGGAGCGUGCAAGGUGACUAUUACGGGGAGCAGCCGGCCCGCCUGGGCUAUUUCCCCAGCUCCGUGGUCCAGGAGAACCAGUAUCUUAAGCCGGGCAAGACGGAGAUGAAGACAGAUAAGUGGGACUUCUACUGCCCAUGACUCCAGAGGACC